CCGCUAGAUACCUUUACUCUGCAUUGUUACUCCAUAUACACAUAACAAACAUUUCGUCGAAUAAUGAAAGAGACGGCGCCAAAAAUACAAUUAACCUAAUCCUUCGCGUCAAUUGAUAACUACGAAUAAACGAACGCACGCACGAACGAACGAAGGAAUGAAUGAAUGACAGCACACAAUGGAACCUCCCAACAUGGACGACCUCAACCUUUCCGAUUCCGACUCCGACCACAUAUUCGACACUCCCGCGGCCAGAAAGAAUAAAUCGGGUUCUAGAGGCGACGUCGGGGGAGCCGCACAGUCGCGAGGCAAAGAAUCGCAUUACACAAGCGAGGAAGCACGAGAAGCAGCAUUGCGGAGAGAGCUCGAGACUGUGCGAAACGUGAACAGGGUCAUAGACGAAGUAGUUGGAAGUUUACAAAAGGCGAAAGACAACAUGGAUACAGUGUCCCGGACAGUCAACAAUGCAUCAACACUUCUCCAAACGUGGACUCGGAUUCUGGCCCAGACCGAGCAUAACCAACGCCUCAUUUUGAACCCGCAAUGGCAGGGCGCAACCCAAGAUCUCGUCGACAUCGAAAAUGAGGAAAUACAACGACAACAGGCUGCAGAACGCCGAGCAGCAGAGGGGCAGGCACGACGGGAUGCGGCAGCCAGGCGCGCAGAGGAUGAACGGAAGAAAGCCGAGUCUGCUGCGAGAGGAGGGACCCGUGGCCGGGGCCGGGGCAUUGUGCGGACACGAGGAACAGCGUCUUCUUCAACUUCUUCAAACUACGUCGGAGUUGGCGGCCAGUCGGGUCGUGGACUUGCGCGCAGCAGUUCUACGAGUAAUCGUGCAAGCAGUGGCAUCGGACGAGGUCUGCGUGGGCGUGGAAGAGGCUUGAGUUGAGUUGAUAUACCCAGUGCAUGAAGCGCUUUCCCUAUACAUACUUUCAGCUUAAAUGGCAUAUCUAUAUAGUAUUCCCGGGGCUUGCAAUCUACAAAGUUUAUCCCUGGAUGAUUUGAGUAAUAAUGUCACUUGCGAAUAGG